CUUUAUCUUUCUUUCUUUUUUUUUUUUUUUUGCUCUUUCCACGUUACAACUACCACCAACCAUCAAUGCUUCCUCAUUAAUAUCGAUCUUUAAACCCCCUUCAUUUCCCUUCUCUUAACGGCUACUUCUUUCUCCUGUAACUACACCUACCCUUUUCUCAUUUCAGUCCGCCAAUCUCAUACAAGGAGAAAGCUAGUUCCUUUACUGAGUGUUCUGUUGUAAGAGAUGGAUUUUUCUUCCUUCUUGACGUCCUUGGGAACUUCCUUUGUGAUCUUUGUGAUUUUGAUGCUGCUUUUUACAUGGCUUUCCAGGAAACCUGGGAACACAGUCGUGUAUUACCCCAACAGGAUCUUGAAAGGCUUGGAUCCUUGGGAGGGAGGGUCUAGGACCCGCAACCCCUUCGCUUGGGUACGGGAAGCUGUGUCUUCCAGUGAAGAGGAUGUCAUAAACAUGUCUGGAGUAGACACUGCUGUCUAUUUUGUGUUCUUGAGUACAGUUUUAUCAAUACUGGUUCUAUAUGGCAUCAUUCUUCUACCAGUUCUUCUCCCUCUUGCUGCAACCGAAAAAAGAGUGUACGUCACAAAUUCUACAAGUGAGGGGACUUUCAAUGAACUUGACAAGCUAUCUAUGGGACAUGUUAAGGAGAAGAGUCCAAGGUUGUGGGCAUUCCUGAUUGCUACCUACUGGGUUUCUUUUGUCACCUAUUUCCUCUUAUGGAAGGCAUACAAGCAUGUUUCUGGGCUGAGAGCUAAGGCUUUAAUGUCUCCAGAAGCAAAAGCAGAGCAAUUCGCUGUUCUUGUUAGGGAUAUACCUCCUCCACCUGAAGGCCAAACUAUAAAGGAACAGGUGGAUUCAUAUUUUAAAUCAAUCUACCCUGAGACAUUUUACAGAUCAAUGGUGGUUACAAACAAUAAGGAGGUUAACAAAAUUUAUGAAGAAUUAGAAGGGUACAAGAAAAAGCUUGCACGUGCAGAAGCCAUAUAUACCAAGUCCAAAGAACUGGGCAAACCGGAAGGCUCAAGACCUAGUAUGAGAACUGGCUUCCUUGGUCUCAUUGGUAAGGAAGUAGAUAGUAUAGAAUACUUCAAUGAGAAGAUUAAGGAACUAGUCCCAAAAUUGGAAGCUGCACAAAAAGUUACACUGCGUGAGAAGCAGCUGCGUUCUGCUUUGAUCUUUUUCAACAGCAGAGUGGCAGCAGCUUCUGCAUCUCAGAGUCUACAUGCUCAAAUGGUUGACAAGUGGACUGUCACGGAAGCUCCUGAACCUCGUCAACUUUUAUGGUCUAAUCUUAAAGUUAAGUUUUUUGAGAGGGUAAUACGACAGUAUGUGAUAUAUAUUAUUGUGGCUCUGACCAUAUUGUUUUACAUGAUACCAAUUGGGUUGAUUUCUGCAUUAACAACUUUGGACAAUCUGAAGAAAUUUCUCCCAUUUUUAAAGCCAAUUAUAAACAUUGAUGCAAUCAAGAUAGUGUUGGAAGCCUACCUCCCUCAGAUUGCACUCAUUGUCUUUUUGGCAUUGUUGCCUAAGUUGCUUUUGUUUCUAUCCAAGGCAGAGGGAAUUCCUUCUGUGAGCCAUGCAGUAAGGGCUACAUCUGGGAAGUACUUUUAUUUCACUGUGUUGAAUGUUUUUCUCGGAGUUACAAUCGGUGGAACCUUGUUCCGUACAUUCAAGAAAAUUCAGAAGGAUCCAAAUUCUCUAGUUGACUUGCUCGGAAAUGGCCUCCCUGGCAAUGCAACUUUCUUUCUGACCUUCGUGGCCCUGAAGUUCUUUGUUGGAUAUGGACUUGAGCUUUCCCGUUUGGUUCCUCUGAUCAUAUAUCAUCUGAAAAGGAAGUAUCUUUGCAAGACUGAAGCUGAGUUGAAAGAGGCUUGGGCUCCUGGAGAUUUUGGAUAUGCAACCAGAGUUCCUGGUGAUAUGCUUAUCAUCACAAUCGUCCUCUGCUACUCUGUCAUAGCUCCUCUAAUUAUCCCAUUUGGAGUUGUGUACUUUGGCCUGGGAUGGCUUGUUUUACGAAAUCAGGCACUUAAAGUCUUUGUUCCAUCUUUUGAGAGCUAUGGAAAGAUGUGGCCCCAUAUGCAUACCCGAAUUCUUGCUUCUCUAUUAUUGUUCCAAAUCACCAUGUUAGGUUUCUUUGGGCUCAAGAAAUUCUACUAUACUCCAUUCCUGAUUCCACUUCCCAUAAUUUCCUUGAUUUUCGUUUAUGUUUGUUGGAAGAAAUUCUACCGUUCUUUUCAUAACACGCCUCUUGAAGUUGCUUGCCAUGAACUGAAAGAAGUUCCUAACAUGGAACAAAUCUUCAGAUCCUUCAUCCCACCAAGCUUGAACUCUGAGAAGGCCGACGAUGAACAGUUUGAAGAUGCAUUAUCACAAGUUUCAAGAAUGGGAUCAUUUGCUUGAAUAUAUAUUGUUAUUCCACUUCGUAUUUUAGUCUUGCAUCAGAAACUUGUAAUGUUAAGAAAAAAAAAAAUUUCCACUUGCCAUACUUCAAGUUAGAACAUUCGUUGGAGAAGGAUUUUUUUUUUUUUUGUGGGUGGUUCUUGUGCAGUGGUGUGGAUAUUAUGUAAAUUAUUCUUGGUUUAAUGUUAGCUUAGUUGAUUGAGUUCA